AUGGAGGUCAUCGAGGCGUGCUACCGUGACCCAGCGCCGACGCCGCGAUGGCGCAGCGACAGCCACGCGUGCAGGGCGGAGGAGUCGCGCUCGCUGUCGCGCCGCUCGCCAGGCCCAGCGAGGAAGAGGCGCGACGAUAUUCCGCAGACGACUCCUUGCUCCGAGCUGCCGCCAGAGGUGCCGGACGAGUCAGAGGCCCCUCCCGCCGCGGAGGCGGUGCCCGACGAGGCGCCCCGCGAGCCGCCCGGCGGCGAUGGCAGCGCCCUCGCGGGCGGGCUCGGAGGGGAGGCCGACGCCCCGGCCAGCGAGGAGGCCGCCCCCGCGGACGCGAGCUCCGCCGGGGACGCCGCCGCUGGGCCGGCGCCCGCGGAGGCCGACGAGGGCGCCGCGGCCGGGCAGGCUGCCAACGACCGGGCCUCUGCCGGGAUUGCCCUCGCCGCUCCCGCCUGCUCGCGCGAGAACGUUGCCACGCUCGAGCCCGAGCUCGCCGACGCCAGGGCCCAGGCGGCCAGGGCGCCGACGGUGCCAGCCGCGGUGUGGCGAGAUCCCGCGCGGCAGCGCUGCCAGCAGCGGCCUGGCCUGAGGGGCCGCCGGCUGCGCCGCGUGUCGCACGGCGCCCUGCUGCACGCGCAGCACGUCCGCCAGGGCCUCGUGCCGAAGGCGCCGGCGCCCACUGUGGCCUGGGUGCUCGUGCCCACGUCUGCCCUGCUGCCAGUGGAGCCGCCGGGCGGGCAGCCUCUGGUGCCCCCCGCGGCUCCGCAGGGCAAGCCCUCCGCGCAGCCGCGCGGGAGGCCCACGCGCGUCCGGCCGCGAGCCGCUGGGCCGCCGCGAGAUGGCCCUACAGGCCCACGAAGCCCCUGGCGCGCGCCCGCAGAGAGCCCACGGCGUCUGCCAGGCGCCGCCGCCGCCCUCGCCGCCGCCCCCUCGCCGCGCCCUCGCCCACUGCCCGUCACGGGGGCGGCCGCGUCGCCGUCGGUGCCGCCAGAAGUGGAGCUCCAGGAGUCAGCAGCCCCAGCCACCGCCGGCGCGGAUGCCAGCCCUGUCACCACCGUGGUUGCCGGCGGCGCCCCCUCAGGCGCAGGGCCGGUUGCGCCGACGCCGGCACAGCCCCGGCCUGGAUCCAGGGCCGCCAGCCCUGCCUCCAGCGCGGCCGCCGGCGGCCUCGGCGGCGAGGCCGGCCAGGAUGCCGGCCCGGGCGUCGCGGAGGUGGAGAGCAAGACCUCCGCAUUCGGGCUCGCCCGGGAGCGCGUGCGCGACCUGCAGGCCAAGGAGUUGGCCGAGCGCGCCGACCUAUGGCCGCAGAUUUUCAGUAGCCUGCACCACGACCUCCAGGUGCACCACGGCGACCUGCCCCAGGCGGUGGAACUCAGUGGCAUGGCCGUACCAGACCCCAAGCUCAUUGACGAGGUCUGCCGCUGCGUGACGGGCGAUCCCGCUCUGGGCCAGGAUGAGUUCAACACCUUCAUGCACACGUACAUCAUGAGGCAGAACGAGGCUUUCACGGACGCUUUCGAGAGGCGCUUGGACGAGGACGCGCUGGACUUGGAGGUGGACCUCUCGGUGCUGCCUCAGCUGGUCAAGGACCUGGGCCUGCUACCAAUGAGGCACGUGCUGGCGGAGGCGAUCCGCGAGGUCACCCAGAGCCGCGAGGAUAGACCGCGGGACCGCGAGAACGCCAUCGGCGUCCACGACUUCCUGAAGGUGGCCCGGCUGUUGCUCCUCCGCGAAGGCUUCACGAAACAGGAGCACGACGCGCUGCAGAGGAUGCACGCACGAUUCGACCGCGACGGCUCUGGAGACAUGUCCACCAAAGAGCUGCGCGAGGUCCUGCUGCGGCUCGGCUACGCCAUCGACCAGCGACGAGUCGAUGAGCUGCUGAGCUCGGCCGACAUGGACUUCAGUGGGUCGCUCAACAAGAGGGAGUUCAUUCUCUGCAUGCGCUGGGUCCGGGAGCGCGAGGUGAAGAUCAUCGGGGACUUCAUCCGCAUGAGUAACCCUGGCCAGUCCUGCCUCACGAACCCCGUUGAGCUGGAGGGCGUUCUGAAGUCUCUGGGCUACGCUCCCAUGCCAGGGGCGGUGGGCGACGCCGCCAGAGAUACGGGCGUGGCCGAGGGCUCGGAAUUGAGCAUGGACGACGUCCUGCGCAUACUGGAGGUGUUCCGCUCGCGCGCCGGCUUCGGCGCGGACGAGGCCGAGGAGAUCCGGAGUUGCUUCGCCCGGCGAGCUGGGGACCUCGACGGCGAAGUGAGCGGAGCACAGGCCGUCUGCGCCAUCCGGUCCCUGGGCUACUGCGUGCCCUUCCAGGAGGCGCAGCUCGCCAUCCGCAGGGUGGAUUUGAACGGUAACUCCAUGUUGGAUUUUCGGGAGUUCCAGAUGGUCCUCAGAGUUUCCGCGAGAGGGACAGUCGACGUGCGAGGGCCGAGUUUACCAGAGCCGCCCUGCCUGGGCGGCCCGGGCUCUGCCGUCAACACGUCGCGGAGGCGUUGGGGCGGGUCUGCGGGGAAGACAUGGACGAGGCAACUUGCCAGCAGGUGGUGAGCGCCGUGGUGAUCGUGCCCGGCUCGGGCGACGCAAGGGAGAGGCCCUUCAAGGACGGCAGGGAGGAGCCUUACGUCGACCUGGACGGCUUCAUGCAGGCCGCCCUGGGGCUGCUUUCCGUCACGAGGCUGGCGGCCGCCGCCCGCGAGGGCUUUAGCUGCGCCAGCCACGCAGAGCUCAGGCAUCUCUUCGGCAAGCACGGCAAAAGCGCCGGCAAGCUGACGCCCGCCGAGCUGACCUUGCUUGUGCAGGAGUCCUUCAGCGACGCUGUCGACCAUGAGGGCCUGGGGCCAGCCGUGCGCCAGGCCGUGUCCCAGGCAAGCUCGGCAGAGACAGAUUGGCCAGGUUGGCUGAACUUCAACGAGUUCGUGGCGCUGGUGCGGAGGAUCCAGGACAUCGAGGACACGGACCGCGUGGACAGGGAGCGCGCCGCCAUCGAGGCCACGGGCUUCGAGCCCGCCCAGGUUGACGAGUUCCGCGAGCUCUUCAUUAAGAACGACGUGGACGGGGUGGGAGAGAUACCGGAGCGACGGGUGCAGCGGCUGCUGGCGAGCAUCGAGGCCGCGGCGAGCGUGCCGCUGGAGAGGCUGAGGGCCGCGGCGCGCCGCCGGGCGGACCGCGGGCCCUCGGACAGGAGCAGGCGCGGGAGCUGCGAGGCCCUCGACUUUCCCGAGUUCCUGUGCCUCAUGAAGGAGGUCUCGGCAUCGCUUGGACGCGUGCACUUUUUCUUUCGGCGAGAACCCUCGAGGACCAUCCUGGAGCAUCGAGCAACAUAAAGCACGCGCGAAACCGAAAAGUGCACGGGA